AUGAUGCAAAGCCGUUUCUCAAUCUUCCUCUUCAUCUUCGUCUCCUCUGUGAUCGCUAGUGACAUGGCCUUGCUCGGCGGCGUUCGCGAUGUACCUGCUUAUCAGAACAGCGACGAGGUCGAGAGCCUCGCUCGUUUCGCCGUCGAUGAACAUAACAAGAAAGAGAAUGUACUGCUAGAGUUUGCGAGGGUUGUGAAAGCGAAGGAACAAGUUGUGGCGGGAACGAUGCAUCAUUUAACGCUGGAGAUCGUCGAGGCUGGGAAGAAGAAGCUUUACGAAGCCAAAGUGUGGGUGAAGCCGUGGUUGAACUUCAAGGAGUUGCAGGAGUUCAAGCCUGCCUCUGAUGGUGCUCCUUCCAUCACUCCCUCUGAUCUUGGCUGCAAGAAAGGUGAACAUGAAUCUGGGUGGAGGGAAGUUCCAGGGGAUGAUCCAGAGGUACAGCACGUUGCUGAUCAUGCUGUUAAGACUAUUCAGCAGAGGUCUAACUCUUUGUUCCCUUAUGAGCUUCAGGAGGUUGUUCAUGCUAACGCUGAGGUUACUGGUGAGGCUGCAAAGUACAACAUGGUUCUGAAGUUGAAGAGAGGAGACAAGGAGGAGAAGUUCAAGGUGGAGGUUCACAAGAACCAUCAAGGUGUUCUUCAUCUCAACCACAUGGAGCAACACCAUGACUAG